AUGCCCGUGUCCACGCUCUUUUUGACGCCCGUGUCCACGCCCGUGUCCACGCCCGUGUCCACGCCCGUAUCCACGCCCGUGUCCACGCCCGUGUCCACGCCCGUGUCUAUGAUUAUGCCCGUAGGAAACACCUACUGGGACAUCAGGUAUGAAGAGGAGCAGGAGCUACAACAAGUGGCCUGGAGGUUUAUGAAGAAGAGAGACAAGGAGAGGAAAGCCAGGGAAGCCAAGGAACAAGCCAGGGCAGAGAAGGAGAAACUCAAGGCUCAGAAGAAGGCUCUGAAGGAUCUGCAGAAGUCUGGAGCCAAGAAGACUGUUAUCACUCCGUUGCUUGAGAAGGAUAUGCAGUGCUGUGUAUCCGAGUGCCUGAGGCCACUUGAAGCUACGUGGAUCAGCAUGCCAUGUAGAUCAGCAAGUCACGUAGAUCAGCAUGCCACGUGGAUCCCGACGCCACGUGGGGUGUGGGCGAUGUCACGUGGAUCUACAAGCCACGUGAGUUACCGAGCCAGAUGUCCCAAGCCUCAAGCUGUGGUCUGCUGCCCGCAUCACAUUGACGUCACCGACGAUGCUGUCCGACUUCAUGACGUCACGAUGUCUGCUGACAUCACCUCGCGAUGUCUGCCUGACGUCACCUCGAGAUGUCUGCUGAUGUCACAAUGCUGCUGACGCCACCUCGCGACAUCACGCCUGACAUCACACAUGUCACAUCGAGUGUUUCUAGUAAUUAUUCCAGUAUUGUCCAGAAGAUUGAGAGAAGAUAUAUGUCGUGUGUUAAUUCCUCUCAGUCAGUGUUCUCACAUGUUAGUAUAUAGCUUAGUGUCAGUUUUGUGCACAGAAAAGCAUUAUUUGCUAGUUUAAGCCAUGUUGUACCGCAUGUACCGCGGAUGUGUGUAGUUUCCGUGUGUCCAGUGAGGUCUGUGGCCAGACCUGAGUAGCACCACUGUGCUAAGUCACCCGAUGUGACCAGCACGUUUGACAGCUGACAUUACUCAGCCUGAGCCCCGAGCCCCCUUGUACAGAAAGCUCUUAUGCUCGUCGCUCAUAGAUGUUCUGCAGAAUCGUACCUGCUACGAUUCCCAUCGAGAUUUGUUUCACUUCACCUCCAGGCCUUCAGAGUGCAGUUAUAUAUAGAGAAACAAGUCUGGGGAUGCUUAGACUAACCUCUGCUGUAACUCCAACUGCCGAGAGAAUGACACUCGUCAAGCCACAGUUAGCCCUGUCGGCAGGCGCUGUGUCAGCCUCGUGUCAAGCUUCAGUGAGCUCUUGCACAAAGAAGAUGUCACUUUGACUGCUAGCUUGCUCACUGCAGUCUGGUGUAUGAUAUUACGACUCCCAGAUGUUUCACCCAGCCGUCUCUGCCACGACUCACUCCACGCUCGCUGGCAGUGACAGCCCAGCGACAGUAUCAGUCAAGAAGUGUCCUCCUGAGUAGCUUGCCAGAAGUCCUGCCCAGUUGCCGAGUUUUGUCGACGCCUCACUCGAGGGCACCAGCAUGUCAUGCCCCAGGUUGAGUGAAACCUGCAGCGACUCCUACGAUGUGUGCUUCACCAUUCCAGAGGAGACCAUAACCUGUUACGCCACAGCUCAGCCGCAGCGAUAUCUCCUGUGUUGCAGUAUCUGUCCAGACGCAGGAAGGCGUGCAGUGAUGCCCUUCGACGCUCACUGCCUAUGACCAUGAUGUUUAGCGCACCCUACAUGUUUUUUUCUUCCCUCCCUGUAGGAAGUUUUUUUUCCAUGUCCAUAUGUAUAUACAUGUUUUUAUUUUGUGCUCUGUGCCCUGUUCCUAUGAGAGAGAGACCGAGU